CGCAAGGGGUGAAGCCGCGUCUCCGGACAAAGACAGACCUGAUCUCAAAAACGAUGCCAACAUCAAUCGGAUUCCACCCGGUAUUAGGAAUCUCUUGAUGAAAACAGUCAGGGUGCUGGAACAGCAGGAACAACAAAGUGGUGAGAACACGACAGGAGAGCACCAGGCACAACAGG